AUGGGCAAGGAAAACGCCCAGCCGGGGAUUUCAAAGCGUGCUCUUAACAGCGAUGCGGUUCCCGACAACACAGAGCAACAACCUAACGCUACCCAUCCACCAUCUCCCGAUGUGGAGUACACUACGAACAGGUCAUACUUGAUGAUUUGCGCGCGCUCAACGUCAACUCCGCGCCUUCGGAUCGCGUGCCUCGGCCGAUCUCGUUCGCUCCCGCCAUGUAGCCCCGCCACCGUCAGGUGCCCAGGUCGACGGAAUGUAACCACGGCCUUGGUUCAUCGUGGGCCUGGGCCACCUGAAAGCCUGCGAAGGAUCCCGCAUCUCCAGGUCCGCGGCAAGAAAACACGGACAGUUUUCAAGCUCGACGACUUACCCCAGGGCUUUGUUGCACCGUUGGAGCCCCUCCCGCCUGAGGAAGAUGAACCAGCAUACCCGACCGUGAUGCUACAGGCACGCCGCAAUAUGCAAAAGUUUGACAGUUGUGUGCUGCUCACACGUGUCGGUGGCUUCUACGAGUUGUACUUUGACCACGCCGACGAGUAUGGCCCGCUCCUCAACCUCAAGGUAGCGCAGAAGAAAACAAGUGCCGGCCCAGUUCCCAUGGCCGGCUUCCCCUUCUUCCAGCUGGAUCGCUUCCUUAAGAUUCUCGUCCAGGACUGCAACCGCCAUGUAGCCAUUGCUGAGGAGUUCCCAAAUGACCCCUCGGACAAGGUCAAGUCGGGAGGUCUGAUGCACACCCGCAAGGUGACCCGUAUUGUCACGCCAGGCACCCUCAUCGACGAGAACUUCAUGGAUCCCUAUGCAAACAACUAUGUCAUGGCCAUUCACCUGCCCGAGAAGGCCGUAUCGGAUGAUACUAUGAGGGACGGCGCCUUGAAGGGAAGCUUGCUGCAUGCUAUCAGGCGGACCGUAACCACGGGCGGUGCCAGACUUCUCAACGAGUGGCUCACCGCCCCACCCCACCCCGACAACGACUCAGAGGCAAAAUCCCUCUCCGCCAUGGUCGACCGCAUCAGCCUCGAACAGCCGCUGAAACUCGCCGAGCACAUCCGCGACGCCAUCGACGAGGAAGGGCUCGUCCAGCAGCACCAGAUCAAAGACAGCGAAACGGACGAGAUCAUAGCCCUCGCCCAAGAGAUCGUCAAGACGGAAGGCACCGAAGAAGACAGCGCGCUGCUCCCCAAAAGCGCCGUCGCCAAGUCCGCCGCCGCCGCCGCCAAGAAGAAGGCGACCUCCCUCCGCGACCACUACGGCGAGGACAGCGAGGUGUGGAUCAUGAAGCCCGGCGCGUCGCCGCUCCUCAAGCGCCUGCACCGGAAGCUCGCCGCGCUGCGCGAGGAAAAGGACACGCUCACCGAGACGCUCCGCGCGCGCCUCGGCGCCAGCUCCCUCACGCUGCGCUGGACCCCCGGGCUCGGCCACAUCUGCCACGUCAGGGGCCGCGACGCGCGGAGCCCACCGACCGCCGGCACCGACGACGAUGCAGACGCUCAGAUCCGCACGCUCUCAUCGAGCCGCUCGACGCGGACGUUCCACCAGCCGGAGUGGACGGGGCUGGGGGAGGGGCUGGACCGGGUGCGGCAGCAGAUCCGCGGGGAGGAGCAGCGGGUGUUUGGGGCGCUGCGGGGCCGGGUGGUGGCCAACCUGGUCAAGCUGCGGCGCAACGCGCUGGUGCUGGACGAGCUGGACAUUGCGACGUCGUUCGCGCUGCUGGCGGUAGAGCAAGGGCUCGCGCGGCCCGCGCUGAGCAACGCGCAGCAGACCAUCAUCGUGGGUGGCCGCCACCCGACCGUGGAGGGCGGGCUGGCCGAGCAGGGGCGCACAUUUCAGAAGAAUGACCUCUUCCUGGGCUCUGCGCCGGGGGCGAGGGCGGUGGCGGCGGCAACGCACGAUGGGGGGGGGCAGCAGCAACAGCAACAACAGCAGAGCCACGGCAGGAUCUGGCUGAUCACCGGCCCCAAUAUGGCUGGAAAGUCAACCUUCCUCCGCCAGAAUGCGCUGAUCACCAUUCUUGCACAGAUUGGGUGUUACGUGCCGGCCGACUACGCGUCGUUGGGCAUCGUCGACGCCAUCUUCAGCCGGGUUGGGUCAGCCGACAACCUGUUCCAGGACCAGAGCACCUUUAUGGUGGAGAUGCUCGAGACGGCGGCCAUCCUCCAGCAAGCGACGCCGCGGUCUUUUGUGAUCAUGGACGAAGUGGGUAGGGGCACGACGCCCGAGGAUGGAACGGCCGUGGCGUUCGCAGCGCUGCACCAUUUGGUGACGGUCAACAAGUGCCGAGCGUUGUUCGCAACCCACUUCCAUGGCAUCGCGGAUCUGGUGGCGAAGUCGGGAUUCAGGUUGGAAGAUGGAGGCCCGAAUGGGACUAUUGACGCGUAUUGCACAGAUGUGGAAGAGGACGAGCAAGGCAGGUUUGUCUACGUUCACAAACUACGCAAAGGGGUCAACAGGCAGAGCCAUGCGCUCAAGGUGGCGCGCUUGGCUGGGCUACCGGAACAGGCCAUUCAGGUGGCCCAGCAGGUACUACAGCAUUCCGGGGUGGAGAUGUCACCAGGCAUAGUACAGCCUUCAAAGAUAGCGGCAGCUGUAGGGUAA